AUGAAAGUCGGCAAGCCCAAGUCGAAGCGCGUCCCGGUGCGCCUCCGGCACAAAAUUGAGAAGAAGUCGGCAGCGAAGCAACGGAAGGCCAAGAAAGACGCAAAGAAGAACCCCGAAUGGCGUUCGAAGCUCAAGAAGGACCCUGGCAUCCCAAACCUCUUCCCCUACAAGGACAAGAUCCUGGCCGAGAUUGAGGAAAAGAAACGCUUGAAGGAGGAGGACCAACAGCGUAGGCGUGAUGACGCGAGAGCACGCAAGGCAGAGAAGGGCAAGACCGCUGAAGUCGCCGAGGAGGAAGACAUGGAGGACGUGGAGGACGGCGAGGACAUGAUUGACUACGAGGCUUCUGAUGACGAUGCUAUGGACGAGGAUAACUCCUCCAACCCCAUGGCUGCUCUUCUCGCAUCUGCCAAAGCCCGCGCCGCCGAGUUCGAAGCGGAGCAUGAAGACGAGGAGAUGGAUGAGGACGACGACGGAUGGACAGCGACAGGUGAAGAAAAGAGCUCAGAGUCGACCGCGCGCAAGGAUUCAUCGAGGAAGGCGUUCGACAAGAUCUUCAAGCAGGUGGUUGAUGCAGCAGAUGUUGUCCUCUAUGUCUUGGAUGCCAGGGAUCCGGAGGGCACACGAUCGAAGGAAGUGGAACGGCAGGUCAUGUCCGCUGCGGCUGACAAGCGUCUGAUCCUUAUUUUGAACAAGAUCGAUCUCGUUCCACCUCCAGUCCUGAAGGGUUGGCUGACCCACCUUCGCCGCUACUUCCCUACCCUUCCGCUGCGCGCAUCCAACCCGGCGCCGAACGCGAAGACUUUCGACCACAAGCAGCUUACUGUCAAGGCCACUUCGGAAGCUCUUUUCAAGGCUCUCAAGUCGUAUGCUCAGUCAAAGCAGCUCAAGCGCUCCAUCUCUGUCGGCGUCAUUGGCUACCCCAACGUCGGGAAAUCCUCCGUCAUCAACGCCUUGACUUCCAGGAUCGGCAACCGGCAGGCAGCUUGUCCGACCGGUGCUGAGGCUGGCGUAACGACGAGUCUGCGCGAGGUCAAGCUCGACAACAAGCUUAAGCUCCUCGAUUCGCCUGGUAUCGUCUUCCCGUCUUCGAGCGCAAACUCGAAAGCGCAAAAGGCGGGGGAGCAGGCUCGUCUCAUUCUGCUCAAUGCCGUCCCACCCAAAGAGAUCGACGACCCGAUUCCAGCCGUCAGUCUUUUGGUCAAGAGACUAUCGGUCAACGAAGACAUGCUCAACAAGCUGCUCGCCGUGUACGAGCUUCCCGCGCUCAUGUCGACGGGAGACAUCACGAAUGACUUCCUCAUUCACGUCGCUCGCAAACGUGGCAGACUCAGCCGCGGAGGUGUGCCUAAUCUCCACAGUGCCGCGCUGUCCGUCAUCACCGACUGGAGAGACGGCAGGAUCCAGGGCUGGAUGGAUGCCCCCGUCUUGCAAGUUGCCAACGUCUCGACACCCAAUGCGCCUGCUCCGGUGGCUGGCGUUGAGCCGGUCGGUGACCAGAAGGAGAUUGUCAAGGAAUGGGCUGCAGAAUUCAAGCUGGACGGUCUUUGGGGUGAUGGGGAAAGCACCGAGGUUAUGGAAUCUUGA